UUGCAAGGCGAGAACUUUGGAUAGCACAAAUAUUGGUCAUUUAAAAGAUUUUUUGGCAACUAAAAGUAUGACAGUGAAAUAUGCAGCUUAUCCCUUAUUAGGAAUGUAUUUGCAAAUUGAUUCUUUUCUAAAAGAAUGAAUCUUUUUCAUGAAAGAAAAUGAAUAUUGGAUAAUUCUUUUAUGAUGCUCUACAUUUUGAGCGUGCUACAAUUAGUAAUUAUAUUUUGCCAAGAAUUCAUCAUUAACAGAAAGCCCUGGUCCUAUCUCUCUGUGUGGAGUAUCUAUCUAAACACUAAGGUCAAUGCAGGAGAUGGACUCAUUGACUCGCUCUGUAGUUUAUGCAGCACUGAGAUGCCAAUUGGCAUUUUCAAGAAAAUGAAUCUUGGAAGUCUCUCAUUAGUCUUUGGUCCUUGCCAUCAGUUGGAGCGAUCUUCUAUAUAUCGGGUUAUAUUUCCACCUUGCAAGUUUAGUGUUUAUUUGCUAGCUUUUAUCUCCUAACGGCUCACUGGAGGGACCUUAAAAGCCUUAUGAGGGAAGUAUUUAAAAAAAAAAACAGACAGCAAUGGAUAAAAGCUUUGGGAAAAGAACUCCAACUAAUGUGGUAAUUGAAUCUUACUCUUAUCUUCCCCAUAAUAUUUGUCCUGUACAAUAAGUUGUCUGCCCUGUCUAAUAUGAUUCACAUAAAAUGCUCACCUACAAAUAUUCCUUUUGAUAGCCAUAUGAAACAUCUACAUGGAUACUUAAAACUUUAUACAAAAGGCGACUAUGGUGUUUUCAGAAUAGUGAUGUUUAAUAGCUUUCCUGAGCAUACUUUGCCUUUGAUUAUGAAGGAUUCUUAAGGCAUGUUAUAACUGCUUUGUGACUUGAAAAUGACAAAUUUCUUAACAACAAAAAAACAAACAUUAGUUGAAUGCAGUAGA